AGGCAUGUAGGCAUAUACCUGACUGCAAUUAAUACUUGUGUAUCAAAUAUGGCGAGAGUUAACUCUACCUUAAUCGUUAUCACUCUGCUGCUACUACUAGUUUUACAAGAGGGUGAUACGUUUAGACGACGUAGACGGCGUCGCCGUCGUAGCGCUCCGCCACCACCGGCCGUUGAUUGUAAAUGGGGCCCGUGGUCUGAACAAGAAUGCAGCAACGAGUGUGGACACAGUGGUGUAAAGAUUAGAACACGAACUCCGGUUGUACAUGCAUCAGGUGGAGGAGCAAUAUGCAAAGGCUACACUACAGAAACGUUACCGUGCAAUAGAUUCUGCUACAACAACGGAACCGCAAUGGAUGGUUUUUGCAGUUGUCAGAGUCCUUACAGCGGGAAAUGCUGUUCUGAGUGUGCGGUCAAGGAAUGCCUAUGGGGUGAGUGGGAAGGUUGGUCAAAUUGUGUUCCUGAUUGCGGGGGUAACCGUUUUAAGACACGUAGUCGGAAUGUCACACAAGAAGCACAAUGUGGUGGCUCACCUUGUUCUAAAAACCCCACAGAAGUACUUGAAUGUGAACCAAUUUGCUUAAAUGGUGGCACCUUUCUUGCUGAUCAAUGCCAAUGUGUUUUGCCAUAUAGUGGUGAUUGCUGUGAAAAUUGUCAUGCGGUAGAUUGUAAGUGGAGUGAAUGGAGUCAGUGGACAAUUUGCGAGCCAACUUGCGGGGGUAGUCGUCAGCGAACAAGGGUAAGAGAAGAAGUAAGCCCUGCCAUGUGUGGCGGUGGUGCAUGUGUGGGCUCAAAUAAAGAAUCUGAAGACUGUGAAUCUAUAUGCUACAACGGCGAAGUAUCUGCAGAGGGUCAGUGUAUCUGUCAAGAGUAUACUGGUCUUUGUUGUGAGGUUUGUUUGCCACUGAAUUGUAGUUGGGGAUCUUGGAAUGAGUGGUCAACUUGUCAACCAGCCUGUGGAAACAAUCGGCAUAGGACUCGUCAUCGAAUCUUAAAAGGUCAGUCAAGAUGUGGAGGUACCUGUUCCGGUCUUCCAGAGGAAUCGGAGACGUGUACCUCGCAUUGUCUAAACAAUGGAAGACCUAUGGAUGGAUAUUGCUCAUGUACAAGUCCAUUUUCAGGAAAUUGUUGUGAAAACUGUCCUCAGGUAGACUGCAAAUGGGGUUCUUGGGGAUACUGGUCUGCUUGUGAUCCUGAGUGUGGGGCUGUAAGAAAUAGAUCAAGAAAAAUGUUCAUUUCACAAAAUGCUCAAUGUGGUGGAGCACAAUGUGGACCACAACCAUUAGAAAUAUCUUCAUGUCCUCCAAUAUGCUUCCAUGGAGGGACAGCAAUUAGCGAUGUUUGCCACUGCAUACCGUCGUACACAGGAGAUUGUUGUGAAUUAUGCGUAGCUAUUGAUUGUGUUUGGUCUGACUGGAGUUCUUGGUCAAGUUGUGAACCAGAAUGUGGACCUAACAGAUUACAGACGCGAACAAGAACUAUACUGACCCCAGAGUGGUGUGGUGGAUUAAGAUGUUUUGGGGAAACAAGUGAUAGUCAAACAUGUUCUCCAAUUUGUUUUAAUGGCGGUACACCAACUAAUAAUACCUGUGAUUGCCUUCCGUUGUUUAAUGGUGAAUGUUGUGGAUCUUGUCAGCCGAGUGAUUGUCAUUGGGAAGAAUGGCAGGAAUGGUCAUCUUGUCAGCCUGUAUGCGGCACCAAUCGACAAAAGACACGAAUAAGAUCAAUUCGUGCUCAUGCAACGUGCGAUGGACUCUGUCCUGGCUCAAGCAAGGAUAGUAUACGCUGUAACGAUACAUGUGAGCAUAACGGUACUCCUAUGAAUGGUUAUUGUUCAUGCCAAGAGCCAUAUUCUGGACAAUGCUGCGAGAAAUGUAUUCCCACAGAUUGUGAAUUGACACCGUGGAACCAAUGGUCAGGGUGUUCUCCAGACUGUGGUGUCAAUAGAACUAGAACCAGGACAAGGUCAGUAGAUCGUGAAGCUGAAUGCGGUGGAUUGGAAUGUGAAGCUAGUUUAUUCGAACAGGAAUCAUGCUCAUCCUUAUGUCAUCAUGGCGGUGUGGCUAAAGACGACGGAUGCCAAUGUCACACUCCUUACACAGGAGCUUGUUGUGAGACUUGUGGAGCAGUGGACUGUAAAUGGACAGAAUGGAGCCCCUGGUCCAGCUGCUUACCGGUUUGUGGAAAUAAAAGGCUUCAGUCCAGGACAAGAUUUGUAGAGAAACCAAGUUACUGUGGUGGGCAAUGUGUAGGAAAUAAUACAUCCACCCGACCGUGCGAAUCAGUUUGUUUCAAUGGCGGAAAACCAAUUACGGCAGGUAGUUGUCAAUGCCCAACACCUUACACAGGAGCAUGCUGUGAAACAUGCAUUUCGGUUAAUUGUACAUGGGGACCUUGGGGAGAUUGGUCAACCUGCCAACCAAAAUGCGGAAGUACUCGUCAGAGACAGCGAAUACGGAUUAUGGAGAGACAGCAUGCAUGUGGAGGAACAUGUACUGGUUCUCCAACUGAAAUUGAAGACUGUGAAUCCCUUUGCUAUAAUAAAGGAACACCUGUGAAUGGCCAUUGUCUCUGUCCAUUCCCAUUCUCACCAAUAUCAUGUUGUAAAUCUACAAAUGGCGAUCCGUGUAUCUAUCAUUCUCUGUUGAAUAAUCCUUGGAGAAGUAUCGGUAACUCAGAAAGAAUCAACAGUUCAUGUGACACAGGUCUGAACUCUGACAUUUGGUAUCGAUUCGGAAGUGUAGGUGGCAACCAGAUGAUUGAAAAAUGUAUUACUGUCAACAAAUGUGGUGUAAAGUUUCCAUUGUGGCUGAAGGGAAAACAUCCCACAACUUCUGGACAGACGACAGAAGAAGACGCGUGCGUAAGUGCCAGUAAAGACGGUGUCACAAAAUGUUGCGAACACAAAACAACUGUCAAAAUCAGAAAAUGUUCCGAUUUCUUUGUUUAUCAGCUACCUACUACUCGUACAUGUGACGAAGGAUAUUGUAUUGGCGAAGAGACACCUUGCCCACCGGGAACAACUUCUCCAAAUGGAUAUUCUCCGAAUUGUUUUGCCCCGCCCCCAAAACUUCAUAAACAGCCGCUGUUAUAUCUAGAGGAGAGGUCUAGUGGGUUUUAUCUGCUCUGUGUGUUCGAGUAUCCUGAUCAUCAAAAUGUCUCAUUCGAUGUGAUUUGGUCAUCGGAGAAGGAUGAACUUCACCGUGAAACCUUAUUUAAAUCCGGGAAUUCAACGCUGCCCGGUGAAAUGAUUGAUGUUAACCAUCUUCUGAUUUACUGUAAGGUUACGGCUAUAUUCAUCAACGAGGAUGGGACAGCUAAAAGCAGGGCCUCGUCGGCUAUUAGUAGCAGAAGCAUUCUACUUAGUCAUGAGGAACUGCGAAUCCCACCAGAGGUCACCACUACCAGUGCGCCAAAUGAUCCAACAGCCACAGGUAUUGCAAGUAAAAGAAACAACUCAAAAAAUAAUAUCCUGCCUGUUGGUGUUAGUAUUGGUGUAGCCGUUCUAAUAAUUAUAGCUAUUGUUACAGCCAUUGCCAUCAGAAAAAGAACAACAAGAGCGCCCUCCUCCAAGCCAUUUCUUCUACAUACAAAUAGAAACGGAAAGGAAUCAUCUAAAGAUCUUCAUCUGAUAUUAGACGAAAGCAAUUGUAAUACGAUGUUUUAGUGAUCAAUUUGGACCAUGAAUCAUUGGUUUAAGCCCAGUCAGACUAUCAAAUAUGAUCAUGUGACAACAUACCUAAAUAUAUGAUGAUGAUAAUGACAUCGCAUCAUGCCCAUUAAAUAGGCACAUCAUGACGAUAUAUAGGCACAAAACGUUUUUGUCACAGCAAAGUGUUGCCAGAGCUUUAGAGCUGACAUGCCCAAAACCGUACAGAGCACUUGUCGAUGCAAUCAGGUGCAGAUCACCUACCUAAAUCCACACUGCACUGUGAGAUUCUCUCCUCAUGACGCAGGUGUUUUUAAUGAACUAAACAAUAUUUUCAGAGGUCUUGCUUUGUCCCCACUAUCACAUUUUAUGUGACAAAUUUUGCGUGAUGUCAUAUUAUACCCAAAUAUGGGCAUAUCACAAUUUUGACACAUACAAAUUUUAAAUAGGCCAACCUAAUAGCCUAUUAUUUCAGAUAUUUAACAUUAUAAUAUUACUUUUUGGUGAUUAUAAGGCAAUAAAUUAUAAUAGGCUUAAUAAUAAUGAUAAUAGCAUGAAUAUAAAAUGAGAAGAAACAGAAAAACUGUAAUCUUAUUAUUGAGUUUGGUAAUGAUAGUGUUACUAGUAAUGACUGUAAGUUAAGUAUAAUUGUAUUUGAAAAGUAUGAUUUAAUUUCACUGAGAGAUACACUGUCAAAAACAAUUCAAAAUUUCAAUGCUCAUUAAAAAGAUAAUAUAAGUUAUUAACUUCAAACCAGAAACACAUUGGAAAUUAGUCCAAUCUUUGGAUUGAUUACUGACAAAUUUUAAAGGUCUAUGUAAAAGAAGUAUUAUUAAAUGUCUUUUAAUUGGCGGGACAUUUUUUCAUUAUAAUUGUAAGUCAAUGACUUGUUUAAAUAUACAACUUAAAACAAUAAUAUUUUCAAUUUUUUAGCUCAUGGAAGCCAGUGCAUUUAGGUCAGUAGAUUGUUAUUCAAUUUAUUUAUUUCAAAUACAAUUUAGCUUAAGUAAAGAUGAUUGUUAUUAAUAACGUUUUUGUAUAUAUGAAUACAAAUUUUCUAUAUGCCACCAAUGUUUACCUAUUUUAUUCUCAUAUAUGUCAGUUUGUGUUUGGCUGCUGUAUUUCGCGUAAGGUCUACAUCUAAUUACACCACCUGUUAAACCGUAUCUUUAUCUGGCAAAUUGUGGAAUUUUCAAUAAAUAAAAAGUAAGUUCACGGCGCUUGGAGAGGUGUUUUAUAUGAAAGUAAAGAAUGAAAUCAUUAUGACCACCUAAAAACCACCACCUUAACGUUUUGGAUAACUAAAUUAAAUAUACGUCCUAUAAGUAAUAAAAUAAUUAUCUAAUUAUCUUAAAGAUGCCAAGAAAAUACAUUAGACCUAAUAUUUUUAAGGGAAUCAUAGAGAUAACAGUUGACAUACUGUUAAUAAAAGUCUGAUACAGUAUUUAAGUUAUAGUGUAACAAAGAAUAUUAUUCGGAAUUUAUGUAACCUGCCAGUUUAAGUUCACCUUUUUUAUUUCAUUUUCUGGCAUCAUUCCUUGGAUAUCGAUCUGUUUUUCAACAUUGUGAGUAGUUUUAAUCUCAAGGACGAGUUUAUUUCACGUUCGUCUUGGUCGAAUCAAAACAAUUGUAUUUAAAACUAAAGUAUUCAGUUCAGCUUUUAUUCAAUUACCACAGUCUCUUCUUUAGCAACUCCGUCAUCAUUUUUAUUUUAAUUCGCAUUUGCUCCGAGCUACAGAUAAACGGUGAAUAGCAAACAAGUGCACGUAAUCUAAGAAUGAAACAUGAAUAGCAACUAGCAUAAGUCAUCCAAUUUCGGCACUAAUUUGAUGCUGGUUUCAUCACUAAACUUUCUAGGUAUUAAGUGCAUUGGAGGAUGUCGACUGCUUUGCAGAUUAAGGUUGUGUUAUGAGUUCAGCACUCUAAAAAUACAAUUUCUUGUUGACAACUUUUUACUUGAAUUAUUAUAUCCAUCUUAAAGUGGUUCUGUCAUGAAUCGAUGUAUCACAUAGGCGCGUAUAAUAAUUCGCUGCGCUAACUAUGUACGUGUAUAGUAGUUCAACCUGGUUUUCCAUAAAAUUGCUACACUGUUUUUACUGCAAUCGUUAAUGUCUGCGACUCAAUCGCAAAAGACUUUCCGAUUUGACCGAAUCAGCUUCACUGAAAGGUGUCGGCGAGAGCGUGUAGCGAUUCUUAAAGCGAAGCUUAAAAAAGCAUGGUUUCCGCUGUCGCCAACACUUCGAAUCAAGCCUGGUUUCUAUAAAAGUCACUAAACGCUACGCCGAUUGGCCAGCUGAAUCAGCGUUCCCGAUUGUGUCGGGGACAGCUACGCAGUGCAACGAUUGCAGUAGAAAUCCUGUAGCGAUUGUAUGAAAACCAGGCUAUAUAUAGUUUUCAGUGUAAUCGUUAUACUGCGUAGCAGUCCCGCAGCAAUCGGGAAGGCUCCCUGAUUCUACCGACCAAUCAGCAUCACCGAAAGUUGUCAGCGA